CAUAGCUUCCUUUCUGAUGGCAACGUGGAGCCCACCUUCCCCUCUCCCCCGAAACCUGUUCUCCCUGCUCCUUCCCUCUCCUCCCCUCCACCACCUCUGUCAACCCCUCCAACAGAUCAUCCUGCCAACCCUCCCUCAGUGUCCUCUCCCCCUCCUGCCCCGUCCUCCCCUCAGUCGUCCAUCUCCACAGCACCAUCACCUCCCUUGGCCCCCUUGGAGCCUCAGCAUGAUGUUGCCUAUUUCAGGGCAGUGAUGGCCAGCGAGACUGAGCGUUUGACUGGACUUUCUGAGCUGUGGGUGUCACGAUUUGAUGAUACUUCUAUCCCGGAGGAGACGCGAGACCAGAUGCGUACGGCUGUGGGCCAGGCCAGAUUGUUGAUGAAAGAGCGCUUUGGUCAGUUCAGCAGACUGGUGGAUGACUGCAACUUGGGCCGUGGAGAGAAAAUAACAACCUGUACUGACUUGCAGGGCUUCUGGGACAUGGUGUACUUUCAGGUGGAAGAUGUUAACAAGAAAUUUAAUGCCUUGAAAGAGGCAGAAGCAAGGGAGUGGAAAGAGGAAGUCAGGCCUGUUGCCAGAAAAAGAGUGGCCAAAAAGCCUCCUGUUGUGGGAGGGAAGGCUGUAACAGGUGCCAGUGCUGCAGCUAAGAGUCGACUGGCUGCUGUAAAGGCUGCCAUGAGAGCCAAGCAGGCUGAACAGAAAGCCACUGAGAAUUCAGACAACAUCCAGGAUGACUCGAGCUCUGUUCCUGCAGCCCCUGCCAUCACACUGCCUGCACAGACCGUGGUGUUUAAUGGAGGCUUCUUCCAGGUGGAAAGUCCAGUCAAGCCAUCAGGUGCUGUUAGAAGAUCGUGUCGAACCAGUGCAGUUUCUUCACCCUGUGUUUCUAAGUUCAGCACUCCAGGCAGGCAGUGCAGAUCUACCACAGUUUCUCACGCUUCCCCUCUACCUAGCUUGUCUGCCAGACCUCCUCCAAUCCAUCAACCUGAUGUAUUGCCUGUUUCCACUCCUCUCCGUUCUGCUGAGGCCCUCCCACAGUCACCCAGAGCUCCUCAGAUUGGUCCUGACCACAACCAAAAUGUUUCACCAGACACAGAGACCUGCUCGAACAGCCGUAUUAACUUUGAUUUAAGCUCUACCUGUACCCAACACACCCAACCAGAUACCAGUAAUGGACCAGAAAACAGUCCAGUAGCCCAAACACAUGACUCACCCAACCAGUGUGAGCUACCUGUUGAUUCUUCAGAACCUCAGCAUGAAGAAUGCAUUCCAGAGUCUAUGCUCAGUCCUUCUUCCCAAGAGGAACCACAAGAGAACAUCUCUUGUGAAGUCUCUGAAGAGAGUUUGCAUGUCCAGCCUGGAGCAGAUGCUGGUCUAGAUACUCUAUCCCAGGGCUCAUCUCAUAGCUCUUCAGAACCAGUGGAAGCAGAACCCAGUGUCUGUGCACUUGCUUCCCCUACCCUAAUGCUCUCCACACCAACCAAAGAUCUCACAGUUUCUACAGCUCUCUGUAAUGAGGUCAUUAACGGAUCUCCAACCAGUAUGGAUGUUGAAAUGACUGGAAAUCAAGAUGCUGAG